AGAAGAAAAAGAAGAAGAAGGAAGAGGAGAUAGACAUUGAUGUGGAUGACCCAGAAGUCAGCCGCUUCCAGUACCCCUUCCAUGAGCUCAUGGUCUGGGCAGUGCUGAUGAAGCGGCAGAAGAUGGCUCUCUUCCUUUGGCAACGUGGAGAGGAGACCAUGGCCAAGGCACUGGUGGCCUGCAAACUCUACAAAGCCAUGGCCCACGAGUCUUCAGAGAGCGAGCUGGUGGAUGACAUCUCUCAAGACCUGGACAACAACUCAAAAGAUUUUGGCCAGCUUGCUGUUGAGCUGCUGGAUCAAUCAUAUAAGCAUGAUGAGCAAGUAGCCAUGAAACUUUUGACAUAUGAGCUGAAAAACUGGAGCAACUCUACUUGCCUGAAACUUGCAGUGGCAGCAAAGCACAGGGACUUCAUCGCGCACACCUGCAGCCAGAUGUUACUGACAGACAUGUGGAUGGGGAGGUUGCGCAUGAGGAAAAAUCCGGGCCUUAAGGUUAUCAUGGGGAUCCUCAUACCUCCUACCAUCCUGUUCCUGGAGUUCCGUACCUCUGAUGACUAUUCCUACCAAACGUCAAAGGAAAAUGAAGUCGGGAAAGAAAAAGAAGAAGAAAAUGUGGUCAGUGGCAGCCCAUCUCUAUAAGCCUCUCAACACCAC